AGUCGCGCGACGCGAAAGGAGAGUCGGCGCAUAAUUUUAGGGUUAUAGAAAAGGACAGCCACAGUAUAGGGUGUACUUGAAAGUUGAAAUUCCAGGGAGAGGAUGUUUUAGUCUCGCGUCCGCACGUCCCAUCGAAGGGACCGCCCGACUAAUUUUAGAGGCCGGACGGCCUCGAAUAUGUAACGUCCUGGACUCAAAUCUCAUCCAGGGAACGAGUGUCUAGUGUUUGAAACCGUACAAAAGACUCCGGCGUGAUUUUUCAACGCUGAUCGUAGUGAAAAACCGCGGCUUAUAAUACGAUGUGAGAUCCACAGUCUGGGGAGAGUCGCCUUCUUCCUUUUGCGGCCGUAAAGGGCCUUCCUUCAUUUCCCAAAUCCAUAAUCAUUAGUUGAUUAUUAUCGCAAGAUGUACAAGAUACUUGUGAUCUUAACUCUUGCACAAUGUUUCCUAUCUGCCUCCAUGUGUCCAGCCCGAUGCAACUGCAGACACAUCAAACCACAAGCAGAAUGGCUGCGUGUAGUUUGCAAAGACAAUUUGGAAGACGUAAAUGACGUCGACUUUAAUCAAGUUAGCAUUGAGAUGAUCCAUUUGGAUCUGAGCAAGAACGAUAUAUCAAUCAUAAGAGUUGACACUUUUAAGAACUUAUCCAAUUUGAAACGUUUAAAUCUUUCUGCCAACAAAAUAACACUACUGGAUGAAGGAGUCUUCAAUGGUUUAGCAAAUUUGGAGCGAUUAGACUUGAGUAAAAACUUAAUUUCAUCUAUCGACUCUCAUGCUUUUAAGAGACUGUCAAUGUUAAAAAGACUAAACUUAUCAAAUAAUGCAAUAAGUACAUUAGAAACAACGGUAUUUCAUGGUUUAUUGGCUUUAGAGCGUUUGAAAUUAAAUGGAAACAAAUUAGUUACAUUGAAAGAAGGCACUUUUCAUGGAUUACCUUUGAGGCAACUAGAUAUUUCUGGUAAUCCAUGGAAUUGCGAUUGCAACCUAUUCUGGUUCAGUUAUUGGAUAAUAACAAAUGCAAUAAAAUUAAGUCCUUCACCAGAAUGUGAUUUACCAUUGAAUUUAAAAGGAAAACAAGUAAAAAAGUUGAAGACAUUGAAAGAAUAUGAAUGCAAAUGGACAACCCCAGCUAUUGAAAUAGUGCCUGAUCAACAUCAAGUCGUUUUUGCUGGUGAUACUAUAACUUUGAAGUGUCGUGCACCCAGUAUUACCAAUGACAAAUUUGCCAGAGUAAACUGGUUAUGGAAUUCUAAUAUCACUACUGAUGUAUUAGAUUUAGGUUUAUAUGAUAAUCCACAAAAUAGCUUCAGCGAUGUGAAGAUAGAAAAUAGAUACCUGGAUGAUAGUGGUAUUGUCGCAAGUUCACUCAGUAUUGAUCCGGUGAAAGAAGAGCAUAAUGGACAAUGGAACUGUUUUCUAGUCUCAGCUUAUGGAAACAUAUCACGGGCUAUAAAUGUUAUUGUUAUAUCUAAUAGUACUCGGUACUGUCCAUUAGCAGUAACAAGAAGUAACAAAGGAAUGUAUGCUUGGCCCCGGACUGUAAUAGGGUGGAAAGUAGAAUUACCUUGUGAAGGAAAUAGUUUGCCUGUUGGUUCAUUUCAACUUCCUCCACGAGCUUCCUAUGAGUGCAAUAGCACUGGUCAAUGGGAGAACUUGAACACAGAAUCAUGUCCAUACAUAUCUGCCACAACAAAAAUACUCGAAUCGUUUUCUACGGUAAAUUUAUCGUUAACGAAACUCUCACUUCCAAAAGGCUCACUAUUGGAGACUAUCAAGAAAUUAAAAAAUAUCACUGGUGAGGGUGCUUCCUUGACUGAUCCUGUGGAAGUCAACUUUGUAACGCAAAUACUCGAAAAUUAUGCUAGUUACUUGGUUGAGGAGAAAGAACUAGGAAGUAUGCUUAUUGACGUAGUGAAUAUUCUUCUAAACUUGCCCAAAUCGAUGUUAAAAGCUGCAGAGAUCCAUUACGGAGCCUGCACAAGACUGCUAAAAACCAUCGAACACAUAGUUAAGGUCACGCCGUUCAAUCAACUAAUACAGCUGCAUAAAACGAACAUGGCUCUAGAGGAGUAUCUGGUUAAGGCUGACAGUUUUGCUGGUUUGACUUGCACUUGGUACAGUAAUACUGCGGAUUUAUAUGUAAAGCUUCUUCAUUGCUCCAUGAGCAACAAAACAGCGAUAUUUAAUCCUAGUGCUGGGGAAACACAACUCGAGGCUUCCAUACAGCUGCCUGCCUCACUAUUUAGAAACGUUAAAAACAGCGCAGGUUCUCAUCAAUUAAUGGUGUCGAUGUAUGCAGACAAUAAACUGUUUCCUAAAAUCAAAGACGACGAUAAUACUGAUAUCACGACAAGUAUCGCUGGCAGCAAACUAAUUGGACAGACUGUUGCAAAUCUUACGGAACCCGUGUACGUUAUGUUGAGAGCUCCUCUAAUUCAUCAUGCAAGUAGUAAACCUGUGCCAGUAGUAUGGGACUCAUCCUUGAAUAAUGAGACUGGGGGCUGGACCAAUGAUGGCUGUCACUUGUUGUCGAACUACAUUAAUAAUUUAAUAAUAUUCCACUGUGAUAGGCUGGGUUAUUAUGGACUUUUACAAGAUAAAUCUUUUCUUGACAUCGAUGGCAAGACUUUGGUUGGUGCCAAAUUCAAAUACUCUAAUCCUGCGAUAUACGUGGGAAGUUUUAUACUACUGGUGUGCCUGAUUUGUACCACAGUCACCUACGUCUGUUGCUAUGCAUCGAUAGCGAUGCCGAAAAAAGCGAAGCAUUGCGUUGUUAACACGUGGGUUGCUAUUGCUCUCCUCUGCUUCCUGUAUAGUUCCGGUAUACAGCAAACGGAAAACAUUGAAAUUUGUCAAGGAGUCGGCAUAGGUUUGCACUAUUUAUCGUUAUGCUGCCUCUUCUGGAUGACUGUUUCAGCAAGCAAUAUGUAUAAGCGUCUGUCCAAAUCGACGAUGGACCCGAUAACGGACGACGACGAGCUGCAUGAGGAACCGAUUCGCAAACCGUUGCUUGGACUGUACCUGGUGGGCUGGGGCAUUGCCUUGAUAAUAUGCGGCAUUUCCGGAGCUAUUAACAUGCGCGAAUAUGCCGGUUACUCGCACUGCUUUCUUAGCUCAGCGCCAUCGCUUGCCGCCCUUUUUGUACCUGCAGCCAUACUACUUGUCUACCUAACGAUUUUGCACAUGCUCAUACGUUGUACUAUUAGGAAUGUUGAUCUCAAUGGACAGUUGUCAGAAGGCACACAGGCAACGGAGAACGUUGAUUUGGAAUUGUUGGAGCCUAAUCCGAACCCAGGCUCCGACAGGGUCAGUUUACACAGCUCACAGACUGUUUCCUCUGAAGUUGAGGAUCAAGAGCAUUCACAGAUGACUCAAUUGAAAGGACUCAUCGUUGUGAUGAUACUCUAUCUGAUAGCUUGGAUUUGUGCAGCGAUGACUACAGCAAAUCUGUUUAACAUUCCAUACCAAGAGACUAUUUUCGCGGUUCUCUAUGCCCUGUCGGCCAGUUCGUUGGGUAUGUUCAUUCUGCUGUUUUACGGUAUAGCUAGAAGCGACGUCAGAACUCAAUGGCUAAGGAUGAGAUGCUGGCUCAAACAAAAGAAGAACAGAUGCUGCAGAACAAGAAAUGUCUCCGACGCUAAUCCGGCUAUACCUACGCAGCCUCUCGUACCAUUAACAGCUCCACCGCCACUAUCGAACUCUCAAGCUACCCAAGUGACUUCUGAUACAAAUUCUCUGGGAUCGUCUCGACACACGCACAAGUCUCAUAGCAGCUGCAACACGUCAAAGCUGACAUCAAACGUAGAUCCGUCAACUCGCGUACACGUGAAGCCCAAUCUCCUGAUGCUACAUCGACAGCAGUAUCGUUCCAACAAUUCAGUUACGACCUUCAACACUGAGUCAGCGCCUGCUUCAGUGGAAAUGUUUUAUAAUCCACACCAAAGUGGUGUUGCUCGCAAGUUCUUCAAAAAACAGCGACGCAACAUGACGAAGAAUAGCAAUCUAGGUCCUAGGAAGCAGGGUGACGGAGGUGCGACCAGCGACAACGGCAGCUGUGUUAGCAUUCCCAGGCGUGCAGUCAAGUUAGACAACGAUAUCGAGAGGAGUAUAUUGGGUAGCAGUUCUAAAGUUAAUAAUACGAAUAUACACAUAGAGAUGAAUCCGGUUAACGAUGCAAAGAAUGUGAAUAUUCUGUCAGACAGCGGGGGUAGUGUUUCGGAGGAUAGGAAUCUUGCGCUUAGGUACGUUAUUGGUCAGGAGAGCCUGGGAAAGAACACGAGAAAGGUCAACAACGAGCUCUCGACGACUCCAACUGUUGUAAGUCGGCGUAAAUACCAACCCAUGAUGAACCAUGCGACGUGCACAAGUCCCUACGAAUCAGACGCAACAGAAUCGAAAAUUGAGGAGGAGAAACAAAUGCGGAAUGUCUCACAACAGUGUAGUCUCGAGUGCAGCUCGGAGAUGGAGUCAAUGACGCAGAUAGCAAGCGAACGUAGCGAACACAACCUAUCGGACAUCAGCGAGAUGGCAUUGUCCAGGUCUACGGAUGGUAUUGCCGGUAGAAGAUCUAGUGUCGAUGAAACCAUCUCGAUGGAGAGAGAUCAAAGAAUCGCCAGGCACAGGUCUUACGACAUGUGCAAUCAUCAUUCUGGCAGUUUGAGUUCUCUACCCUUGGCCGACAGGUCAAUCGCCUCGUCGCGUAACAAAAGCAGCUACCGUAGUUCCUUAAACGACGCAACGAGCUUAGAGAGUUCGCGGGCAGCUGAUGAUUUCGAUCGCAUUCUCUUAGGCCCUGGAUUCAUCAACGGUUCCGAGAGGCGACAGCAAGUACUUCCAUUACCCUUUCCUACAGCCUCUGUAGCGCCAGCUACCUCUGAGACUAAAGUCACUUCGGAGGAGGACGAGGACUUGGAGGAAGACAACGUAGCAAAUGCUGUAAUCCCACUCGUAGAGGAUGAAGCUACAUUAAUGGGUGAGUCUCUGCAGCUUUACGAUUUUGGCCAGAGAGAGGAGAGGGAGGGACAUCACCACCACCAUCCUCAUCACAAACAGCAUCAAGGCAAUGGCAAAGAGUGUAGUCGAGAGGUGAGAGAUGACGCAGCUGCUGGGGGUCGGUAUCCCAGCGACGAAGAUGAUGACGAGUCAGCGCAACCUGAUAGAAUGAAUGUUAAGAAAGAGACAAGCGUUUGAGAUAUUCUUAUAUACUAUGAUCACGACCAAGAUUAUCCGAAUGAUGGGCUAACGUGAAAUUCAUAUUUCAUGAUCACUAUCAAACAAUAUAUUACAAAGCAUACAGCCCAUUUCAACCAAUCUGGAAUAAUCUCAAACAUUGUUAUGACAUAAUGUCGAUCAUAAUGUAUACGUUAUCGACUGUCAGGAAUUCAUGCAGUACAGAUAAAGUAUAAUAAUUUAUUUGGAAUAAAGAUUUUAUGUGGUCAAACCACAUACUAAAGGAAAAUAUUAAAUUCCUGAUAUAAGCGGCCUGAUUACAGUAUACCACUGUAAAUUAUCUAAUAAUAAUAGAUGUAUGUUCCAGAAAUAAAUUUUAACUAUUUAAAUAUGGAACUGUAUUCAUGACUGGUGAUAGUUUUUUAUACAUAAUAUCAGAUAUUUUCGAUCAUCAAGGUAAAAUAAUCUGAAAUAUAAAUUUCAUUUGUAAUUUUUUAAAAUUAGUAAAUUAGAGAAUACAGUUCCAAACAACUAGCUGCACCUAUGGCGCGUAUGAUUUUUUUUUAUAGUGUGCCGUUUGUAAUUAUUUUAACCAUAAAAAUAGUAGUUUUUAUACAAUAUUGUUUCUUAUUAUCAAAACAUUGUAGAUUGAAAGACCAGAUUUUUCAAGUAUUAAUGUGGCUACCCAUGGCCAAGUCUGGUGAUUUACACUAGUUUCUCUUCCUAAAUCGUGCCAAGAAGCUCAAACUUUUUACAAUCUAGCUUUCUGCCAAUAAAAUCUUAUUCGACCAUGCAAUAAUUUUCCUUGCUAAUCACUUCUUGAAAUAUAUUAAAAUUAACAAGGUUUGAUCAAAUAUUCAAUCUGUGCCAUUAUUCUAUAUAACGUUUCCAAAUAUAUAUUUGUAAAUAAAAUUGUUAAUUGGUUCAGAGAAAUAAAAAAAUAUUAGGCACUAAAAAUUUUAUAGAAAUGCGCAUGUAAACGAUUUCAAAAUUAUUGUUAAUCAAUGGAAUGGAAGGAUUAAUCAUAUCAUAACUGAAUCAAUAAAGAAGUUUCAGAAUACGUAUAGCCUUGUAAUAACAAAAAUAUUAUCAACUUGAAAAAAAUGAAUGUUAUUGUCAAGAUGGCCUUGUUAAUUUGAGAGAAUGCGUUUUUAAAGAAGAAUUGAAAACAAUUUUGGAAUCAAAAAACUUCUUAUAACGAUUUCAAAAAUGUCAUUGAAACUCUCGAUGAAAGCGCAUUGAAAAAGAGGAACGUUAUUGGCAGGUCGAAUCGUAUUAUGCUUCGUAAAUGUAAAAUUGACCAAUCGUCAUUCUAAAUGCUUCGAGACUAUUAGCUUUCAUUCUACAUAUCUGUGAGUGAGCUACGAUUAUAGAAUUUUCUAAGACUGUUUAACAACAUCCGUAUGAAUAAUGAACUCGAGGUCGUGCUUUUGCACGAUUGAUUUUAUCGUACGAGUCUCAGAAUGAGAAAAUUUGCAAGCUAAUGCGAAUUUUAUCAUUUUGCGAAAUAUUUAUCUAGUACAUAGUUGAUAGUUUGAAUACUUUUAUGGAUUUCACAUGUGAACCGGGAAAUGCUUUAUAACCAGAAGUUAUAAAGAAAUUUUACUACAAUUGUGACGUUUUAAACGUUGUUUGAUGUAGACAUUAUUGAAUUGUACAACCAUUUUAAUGUAAUUCCUUUUGUAUUCGAUAUAUUUACAGCGUGAAAGUACAAGAAUAUUGCACUUACUUGAAAAUCUAAUUAACAUAAGUGAUGUUAAAUCCCUGACAACAGCUUAAUUUUAUAAUGAUAUGAUCUGCCACAAUUACUUUUCAAUAUUUAAUGCGUAACAAUUAGAGAACGACGUACAACUUUUUAACAAAUAAGCCAAUUUUACUACUGUUCUGUAAAAUUUUUAUAACGCACACUUUGCAUUACAGUUGAACAGCCUUGAAUUGUUGUGUAUUUGUAAAUAUAUAUAAUCACCGUUACAUAAGUAUAUGUAAUAGACAAAUUAUUAUGGAAUUGUACAGUAUACGUAUAUAAUUAAUUUUAUAAUCGAACUUUUAUUUUGCGCGCUAUAUAGCGCGUGUGUGUAUUUCUCAAAUAUGGUAUUCGGGCAUUUUAGAUACUUUUCUUUGAUUUUGCUAAAACUAUUAUUUAGCAGCUACGAUUCUUUUACAGAUAUCUUUGAAAGACUGAUUUUUUAUUUUUAUCGCAAAGUUUUGCCAAUGUGACUCUACUUUACAUUCUUAAGCAGCGUUUCAAAAACGCGACAAAUCCUACUGUAAAUAAGUAUAACUGUCAAAUAAACUACAUGAAAAUUAACAUUCGA